AUGGCCCAAGCAUUCAAGUCUGGGGAACAGGUCAUCGCUGGAUUGAAAGCUCAGGAUCCUGUGAAGAUUGGUUCAGCACUUAGUCAAUUACGCCAGCUCUGUUCAAUCAAACCUCUCCCGGCCGUUGUAAUUGAUUACCUUCAACUCGAGCCUGCCGCCGAUUCGAUCUUCCAGGUUCUCAAUGUUGCUCGUGAGGCAAAUUCGAUCCAUUUACUGGCAAAUUCGUUAUAUACCUUAUCUUAUCUCAUCUCCAGAUCACCUUCAUCACCUUUUGAGACUCGACAAACCGUAGACGGUUCAAGAAUAAUCAACCACCUCAUCCAGAAUCAUUCGAAAUCUAUUCAUCGAUGCUUUGCGCCUGGGAGGACAGAGGCUACGUUGGCUUGUCUGACUUUGCUGAUAUCUUGCGUUUGUUGGAAUGAAGGAGCAUGCGCAAAGAUCGUAAUUGGCGAGUUGAGAUGGGAUCAUAAAACUGUCACACGACUCCUGCAGACUCGGCAAACGGUUACUGGCCCCGAAGCAACGACAUUACCAAAUCAGAAAGGAAAUCGCACCGCUCCAAAAUCAUCCAAACUGAAAGGACAGCUACACAAAGCAGACAUCCGUACCCUCAUGCUCCGGUUCAUUUUCAGUGUAAUCUCAAGUACCGAAUUACGUUCAUCAUCCAAACAGGAGCUAUGGAAGACUAAAGGCCUAGCGGAAGGCGUUCUAAAAGGCUUGCAAGUAGACCCGUAUGAAACCGUGGCAUUUGUACUCGGAAAUCUAUGGGAGGAUGUCACGAAGCGUCAUGCCAGGGAUUCAGGAAAUCACAGCCAUAAUGCUUUCAUGCACCAUUCAGGAUGGGAGAUUUUUGAUCAGAACGCAAUCACCCUGUUGGUCCAACUACUCGAGCGUGACGAUAGUGUCAAGGACACUCAACACUCCAAGCUCAAUGUGACCGAAACAGUGGCCCAUAUGGUAGAGAGGUUUCUAAAAAAUUUAACGGCGUAUCUGGCGAACUCCAUGUCAACAAGUAUUUUCCAGCAUCAAGCAAAUUCCAGAUUGCCGCCGUACCGUAUCUUACUGAAUUUGGUCAAAUGCCUAUCGCCUACGAAAUCCAUGAGGCGCUGGCGACUCGCUCUUCAUAUCCUGGAAUCAGUUCCCUCAUUAUGCUUCUCGCUUUGGCGGACUGCAUCUCCUCCUAGCGAGCCAUCCUCAAGUUUGACUUGGAUCUCUUCCGUUGGUUUCGCCACCAAAGUGGCCUCAAUACCCUUUGAAUCGUCCUUUGGAAUCGGAACUUCCUCUCUGAUCCCCGACAACAUGAACAGUCUGACAAGCCUUGCCAAAAAUUUACUUGCCCAAUGUAUUCCGACACCCUUAAACCGAGCCUGGUUUACCAAGGCAUUACAAUUUCCGGAUGCGCUGGUUUCGUUUAGUUCACUUGCACUCCUACUCACUGGGUUGAAGAAAGCUCGAAAUAUCUCUCACCAGCUCGAACGUGUCAUCCAAUCAACAAUAGUUGACCACUCAACAGCCAACUCAAACCUGUGGCCGAAGCUGCUGCUAGCUUUUCAACAGUCCCUACAAGCCGUAUUGCCCGACCCCCAGGUUCUCAUCGCAGUUCUACAAACCGCCUCUCGCCGCGCAAAUGAACGCAAAAGUGCCCCUGUAGCCGCUUCCGGGGAGUCGAAUGAGGAAUCGCAGUCUAACGUAGUUGCCAAACCUCAACAGGACAACGAUACCGACGGUGAUAUUGUAACAUUUUGUGCACUAGCUGUUCUGCUAUUGUAUCAUCAACUAAUACCCCAAACGAUGUGCAAUCUCAAUUUCGACCAUACAAAACUUAUACCGACCUUCUUCACGUUGAAUCUCAAUGACCAAAAUGAAGAAUCACAGUCCAACUCAUUGUUGGCACUACAUCGCUUACAGAGUCCCAUCGCAUACCUCUGCCAAUCGCGCACUCUGCUUCUUAUUGCACAUUCAGCCUUGACCAACCCAACACAACCCUCUCCUGCCUUGGUCAAAGUUCUAUUAUUACUUUCUUCUUUUCAAACGUCGAACAAGCCCGAGAACUUUGCGGUUGGUACUCACACGCCGCUCUUGAUCAAAAGUAUCGCUCAAGAAACUCUGCAAGCAAUCUGUAAAUCAAUCGUCCCUCAUCUAAGAGACGAGAAUGAAUAUCAAGAACUUUGCAUCUGGCUCAGUGCCCUAUCGGAACUGAGAAGAGUGGACGACUGCUGUGUCACACCGUUGGUCGUUUUCUUAGAAGAUUGCAUUCGUGCAUGUCUCAGAAAUCCAUUAAAAUACCUUCAAAUCAGCGAGGAGCGCCAGAAUCUCUCACCUCAGUCGAAGAGCGACAUCAGACCUCCGACAUUGAUAUCCGCCUUACUAGUCAAAGUCAGCGCGAUUACCAAGGGCGCCUCUACUUCGUCGACUAAUUCAACCAGGGUCGCGUUGAUAUCAUUGGUCAUCAAAUUCCUUAAUCUUUACCUUCUCAUGGUCCUCUCGACUUCACAUCAAACUCGACCGAUUACUGUGAUACAUGAUAUUGCAUUUCAACUCAGUGAAAUUUUCAGUACUGCACUUGGUAGCCCCUCGGAUAGGCAGUCGACGUACCCCGAUUACUUAGGUGAUGUCAUAAUGCAUGUUUUACGAUCAGCAACUCAACUAACAACCCCAACUGCCGAGUCUCUGUGCCAACCCAUCUCCUGGCCCGCGUAUAUCACUCAAAGUAUCUUCUCCGAUCAAAUCUUAGCUCUUGACUUGAUGCAUCAGUCGUUUUUUUCCACGCACAAGAAAGCCAAGCCUUCCAAACCUAAAAAGGCCGUAGCCUUCAUGGAAUCAAGUCUAACAGCGACCCCUGCAAGCUCGAUCGAUAAGGCAAUUCAACCGAGCCAUCAACAGUUGGGAGCAGUUCGAUUUAUGACUCGCGCCGUUGAGGUGGAAAAGUUCACGAUUGCCGAUUUCUGCCGUCAACAAACUCAAAACAAUCUUCCUGAUCUUGAACAGCUUGGUUAUGAAACGAAAGCCACUAACAUCAAAGCACUAGUCGGCAUCAUUUCAAAAUCAUUCAAUCAUGACAUCGUCGUGGUUGAAUGCUUUCUCGAGGAGAUGGUACACAUUUCGCAACUGCUUGUGGCAAAGAAAGAUUUCGAAGUGUUAUUGGAUAUUCUUCGAGUGUCAUGUCCUGCUCUAGAAAAUCCGAAACACCAAAACGUCAAGGUGCUUACUCGCUAUUCCGAUCUGAUCUGUGACUCGGCAUCAUCCCACCUUAAAUCGGAUGUUAAGAAAGGAAAAUCGACUGCUAAGAAAAACGCUUUGAUCCAAAGCGCUUGUUACUUGUUCCCGUUACUCGACGCAGUACAACAAUCCAAGGUUCUUGUAGCCCUACUUUCUUCCAUGAACGUUGGACUUCUCAGUGAUGCCAACUAUGUCAGCUCAGUAAUGAAGUUAGUGAACCUUACCUCAGCACUGCCACCGCAAGAAAAACAAUCGCUUCUAGUCCAGCUAUCGGUCGAUCCAGUAAUUCAAACGCUGUGUGUUUUGUCGAACACCGGUAAUAGCAAAGUGGCUACCGAUAUGCUGCUAGAAAUCAUCCAGAGAUGCUUUGAUUCAUCAAGACAUUCUGAUGAAAUGACCAAGGCUUGGUCGAUUUACGGUUUGGAAGUUUUAGGAUCAGGUUCAACCGAACAACCCGAUCUCGGUACCAAAGUCCGAAUAACGUCUUACUUGGCGCGGAGAGAUAAGAAGAUUGCUUCGGCGGCCAUCGCAUGGCUGACUACAACUUCAAUUGAUCAGCUGAAGCUCGUGUGGGAUGGAACUCUGAGCUUGCUUGUUGCUUGCCUUCAGGCUCUACCGACAGACGAAGAAAGAUACAGCUCCUGUCUCUUACCGCUAGGGCAGAGUCGCUUGGAUGAGUUGAUCAUUACCAUCGGAUCCUGCUUAUUCUGUGUGCAUCCUCAGACUUCCGCCUUGGUUUUGCCGAAUGGAAGAGAGACCCGGGUACUGGCUUCUCAAGCUCUGAAGUUGAUUUAUUCUGGUGCAGAAUCACUCGUGGGGAAAUUACUGGCUGACCAAAUCACGCAAGACGGUCUUAUCCCUGCCUACUCAGAAGCUCUCGAUGUAUUAUCAACGUGUGAAUCGAAUCAUCUGAAUGUUUACAUUGAUCGGUGCCUGUGCUGGCUUGUCAGAAGGUUCGCCGAGGACGAAGGCUGUACGGAUGAUACAGUCGAACUAGUCGAAUCACUCCACAAAAUUUUGAGUCGAAAACCAGCCGAAUAUCUAUUGUCAACACAUCUUGUGAAUCCGGUCUUGACUGCUGCUUUGGAUCGACUUAUAGAUUCAGGAUGUGUCAUGAAGUUGAUGCAUUCAUUCAUCCGUCACACCCAACUAGGAGAAACUGAUGUCCUCAAACACGUUCGUGCAACCGUCGAUAGCCGCAACUUUCGUUCAUUGAUGAAGUCAUCUCAUCAAGAUCUAGGGGAGCAGGCCGCACUCGUGAUGUCAGUCAUCAACCAGCUGGUACUCUCUCACCCCGUCGUUACCAUCCAGGCUAGCCUGUCGAAGACUCUGAUUCCGUUCUACGGCGGCACCAUGUCUCUGAAGGACCGCUUAAUCUUCCAAGUGUUUCGCAUUGAAGAUUUACGGAGUGAAACCUCGGAAAUCAUCGACGUGUUCCUGGCCUGGAAACCCAUCAUUGGGAACAGGAUCGCGACUAACAAGCCUCUGGAUGUGGUAGCGUUACUGGAUUCAGAGAAAGUCGAAGCAACAUCGGUAUGGACCUUGAGUAGGCAAGAGCGUGAUUGUUCACCUAGCUUGCCCGAGUACUAUGACCCCAGCUUCCUUCUCGCUUUACUCCUCCACCUUAUCCAGCAAGAAGAACCUCUGGUAAUCUCGACGUGGCAUUCAAUCGCCCGCAGCGGCCUGUUGGGCUUGGCUAUGUGCGCCUUAUCAUCCGACAAGACGGCUUGGCGGUUCCUCGCCGAUCGAUGUUUAGCCAAAUCAUUUGAACGAUUGAAGACGCUGGACCAUACCGAUGCGUCUGAAAUCCUCCUCCCCAUGGAACAUUUCCGAAACCUUCACGUAGCAAGCGAGGAGACUGAAAGCAUCAUAAACGUUCCUCCUUUGAUCACUUUAUUUCUUUCGCGCUGUUUGAAUGUAUUUUGUACCGCGCCUGAGUCCGCCCUCCAUCAGCCUCUGUCAAGAUUCUUACUCCAAAGGGCCGUGAUCGAUGGGAAGGAUGUGCCGAUGCUAUACUCUCUGUUGUAUUCGUCAGCAGAUAUGCCUGCGGAGGGGCAUCUCUGGCUCAUGCAAAUGUUGCACGAUGGACUUUGCACAACAAUCGAUUGGAAAAUUAUGAACCAUCGACAAACUUUUGAAAUCUUGAUCUCCCUGGUCCAUUCAUCUACACAUCGCAUGGCACCAAAGCUUAGACACUUGUUACUAAAGCUGUUGAGGAAGGCCGUCUCUCACAACCAAGCCUGCAUCAAAUUGAUCAGCAAACCCGGAUUACUGAAAGUUCUAGAACAGUUCAAGCCGUCUUCCAAGACUGAAUGGAAAGAAGUGAUGAAUAUCCUGCAAGAAGUCGCGAGUCGAAUCCCGUUGUUGCAUAAAGCGAUUUCACGAGAGACGGUGGAGAACAUCAUCCAGCUGUUGACUCACUUUAGUCAAACGAAAUUUAGCUCCAAUGCGGGAUUGGUAGGCCACUCUUUGGUCAUUCUCAGAGCUCUAUUGGUUUGUUCUUCGUUUUGGGCCCCCGCCAAUGCUCAUCAAACCAUUCUCGAUCAGAGUGAAUCUCGUCUGGUUCUCGUGAAGUGCAAGCAUCUCUUGCAGUCAUUAUCUUGUACCGAAAAUCCGCGUGAUACUCACGACAACUUGAUCAGUGAAAUCCGAGCUAGGAUUUUCUAUCUCCUUCAGCUCUAA